UAUUACCGCACACACUUGUCACGCAGACAAGAGACGCUGUCAAAAGACCUACGUGUUUAUAUUUAAUUUGUUUACACGAUCGCGAAUUGUGUAGUGGACGUUUAUCAAGCUUGAGUGUGUAGCAAUGUCUGUAUGCCCUCUCUAGUGGAAACCGCAACAGUAUUCUUCAUGUUGUUAUCAUAGCAGCCGUCACACGUCUUUGUCUGCGGAAGUAGUUUUGGGUAUUUCUCUCAUGCCCCAGUUUAGAGAAUGACUCAAAUGAAUUCACAGGUAUGAGUAGCUCUUUUAUCGUUCUUAUAAGUUAUACCGUGCUGUCAUAAGAAUGAAUGCAGUAUAGUGCCGGGGUCAGAGGCCGAGCACAUGACGGUCAGUAUGUUUGGAUUUGGGCGCCUCUCCGCCGAGGGGAAAGCAGGAAUAGCAUCGGGAGUUGUUUUUUUCUCUAUGCUUAUAUCUAGAACAUUAAUCUCAGAGCGGGUGGACAAAAACACUCGCGCUUCGUUGUUUCGCGUUCAGUUUGUCCUCUUCAUCAACUCCCUGCUGCUCCUCGGCUCUCUCUACAUAUGGAAGCGUGUGGUGCGGCGGCUGUGCGGAGCCAGAGGUGCACCUUCUGUCCCGCAGAGAUGUUGGCGUCUUCUUGUCCUGCUGUUUCUUACUCUGGUGCACGGGAGCUACCUAUGCAUGUUUUUCCUCGUGGACACUGAGCCACACUGGUUAUCAUUGCUGAGUUUCUCCUGUUUGGGCAUUUAUGUCAUCCUACUGUUCUUCCUGUUUCUUUUUGGCUGCCUUACCCGCCUUCGCAGGCUGCUCUCCCGCAACCGAGGAGGAGAGGAUGCGGUCGCUGGCGGAUCAGUCAGUCAUAUAGUGUUGGCAAUGAUAUUAACAGCAAUACUUGCAGUGUAUGGGUUGGUAAAUGCAGCCCAGCCUCCACGAGUUAUUGAGGUGGAGAUCCCAGUAGAGAAGCUCCCUGAGUCUUUGAACGGGCUCAGGUUGGUGCUUCUGUCCGACAUACAUCUGGGACCUACAGUAGGCCGCUCCAAACUGCAGCGCAUUGUGACUAUGGUGAAUGAGCUGAACCCAGAUGUGGUGGUGAUUGUCGGUGAUCUGACUGACUCUCAGGUGAGUCGAUUGAGGAGUGCUGCAGAACCACUGGGACAGAUGAAGGCUCGACUGGGCUCCUAUUUUGCUACAGGCAAUCAUGACUACUACACUGCCGAUGUUGAAGGCUGGUUUGAGCUCUUGCAGUCAAUGGGGAUUCAGGCUCUUCAUAACAGCCAUGCAAAAGUGUUCCGUCCUGAACAAACACAAGACUGGAUUUGCCUUGCUGGCAUUGAUGACCUCGAGGCCCGCAUGCUUCGAUACCCAGGCCAUGGCAUGGAUGUUGAGAAAGCUCUCAGUGGCUGCAGCGCAGAGAGUCCUAUUAUUCUUCUUGCACAUCAGCCUCAUGCUGCCAAACAGGCCCUCCAGCAACGGCCAGACAUCAGUCUGGUACUCUCAGGUCACACACACGCUGGUCAGCUGUUCCCUCUCACCAUCCUGGCAUUCCUGAUGAAUCCAUUUUUCUGUGGACUCUACCGGGUCUCUGAACACACUAUGGUCUACGUGACCCCUGGAACUGGUCAUUAUGGCAUUCCGAUGAGAAUUGCAAGCCAUUCAGAAAUUACAAACAUAAUAUUGAAACGUGCUUGAGAGCCUCACACUGUGGGGUGCAGGGAUCAAACAAACAAAUCUCAUUCAUAUAUGUUCAUUACCUCAUUUCCCUGCAUGCUGUCACACAGUUAUACAUGUAUUACAUAGUAAUGUAUGCAUAAUUAUGCGCUAAAUCGGUCAAAUAUACUACAGUUUGCACUACAAUUUGCUUGAGCAAUCUUACAACAGGUCUGUUUUACUAUAGAGAAUGAGACACAUUUUACACAUUUUAGUUGCCAUCUAUUUUCUUAAUGUGGUAUUGUAAUUUGUUUGCCAAAACAUGCUAAAAAUCCAAGCACUUUAAUAUUUGAAUAUUCACAUUCCAAAAGUGCCAGUUUUUUUUAAUUACCAGAUGUAUUUUUACUGUUUUACUCAGGCCCCUUUCAUCAGUUUUAAUGACAUUUCAUUACAAUCAAAAUUAAUUCAGUGCACUGUUUCGACUGUCACAUUUGUGCGAGUCAAUCAGGGACUUCAUUAAUUAUCUGUUGUGAUAAAAGUUUUGAUUAAAGGUUAUUACUAUACCAAA